AUGGACGGAUCUGAAAUUAUGAAGGAGUUUAAAUCCAUAGCCGACGUCAAGAAAUACUUCAGCUCUGCAAUACUGAGCUUCAAGAAAGCUAAGCUUGAAAUCACUCCUGAAUCUUAUCUGAUAAUCUCUUCAAGUGGCAACGUUUGUUUGGGAAUUCUGAAUGGAACUCAAAUAGGACUGGACGAUCUCAAUCUUAUUGGAGAUAAUUCGAUGCUGAAUAAAAUGGUGAUUUACGACAAUGAGAAGCAGCAGAUUGGAUGGAUCCCUGCAGAUUGCAAUAGGCUUCCCAAAGCGGAUCGUGAUGCUGACGAAGGUUUUUAUCAGACCUGUACAGCCAGCUUGGGUGUGGUACCGGAACAAUGUUCAUCAGCAACAUAUGAUUUGUAAGAAGACCAAUAA